AUGCUGUUCAAGCAGCACGAGAAGCCGGACGUGCCCGUCAAGAGGCAGGAGCUGCUGGAGGCAUGCUUCGGUGACUACAAGAAGCACAAGGCCUCCAAGAAGCUGCCCUCUCUGGUCAUCCGCGUGGCCCAGGGCCGCAUCAUCUCGAUCCUGGGCAUUGAGAUGCAGGAGAUAGCGCGCGGGGCGGCCGCCACCAGAAAGAGGGGCCUGGCGCAGGACGACGGCCCCAGCAGCACCCAGACCUACAUCCUGCGCAGCGUCCUGCCGCUUGAGAUGCGGCGGCAGCUGGUGGACAACCGGGCAGACGACCAGCCCGUGGGCUUCAUGAUGGUGGUGCUGUCCCUCAUCCACUCCAACGGCGGCACCAUGGAGCUGGAGGAGCUGUGGCGGCACUUGAAGCAGCUGGGCGUGGCGGCGGGGGACGUGGAGCACCCGCAGUUCGGAAAGAGCGAGGACAUGCUCAAGGAGUUGGAGAAGACGCGGUUCAUCAUCCGCAGCCAGCAGCACGACACGGCAGGCGUGAAGACGCUGCUGCAGUGGGGGGAGCGGGCGGUCAGCGAGCUCGGGACGGCGGCCAUUCAGCGGUGGACGGAGGAGGAGUUUGCCAGAGCGCCCGGUUACGGAGACACACAGAUAGGCGGCGGCGGCAGGGCGGGCGGUGGCGCAUCCUGA